AGCGACGACAACCACGACAACCCGGACGACUUUUUGCGGGUCAUUUCUGCCUUCCUUCGACUUCGUUUGCGUUGCCCGCUGUUGCUCAGAGAAACGCCGCCAGAAUGCCUUCGGAAAACGGUAACAGACUCUACGUUAAGGGUCGCCACCUGAGCUUCCAGCGCUCCAAGCGUGCUGUCAACUGCAACACCAGUCUGAUCCAGAUCGACGGUGUUACCAACACCGAGGCUGCCAACUUCUACCUCGGCAAGAAGGUCGCUUUCGUCUACCGGGCUAAGCGUGAGGUCCGUGGCUCGAACAUCCGGGUCAUCUGGGGCAAGGUCACCCGCCCUCACGGCAACUCCGGUGUUGUCCGCGCUCAGUUCCGCCACAACCUCCCCCCCAAGUCCCUCGGCGCCACCGUCCGUGUCAUGCUCUACCCCUCCAACAUCUAAAUGACGCCCUUUUUUCGAUAUGAUGGAUGGCACUCCGGAUCUAAUUUCGCGCAAACAGUCGGGCAAGGAGUCGACGGUAUGAGCCGAUGUUGAGAUGGAGUUGGCGGGUUGGUAAUGUUCGUGGGAGAGGCAGGGCCGGUUAGCCCUACGAAACUAAAUUAAAAGAACUUCUUUCUUCUUUUUU